AUGGAUGCCUAUUCUGGCUACAAUCAAAUCAUGAUGCACGAAUAUGAUAAACCAAAUACCUCAUUCAUCAUUGAAAAGGGAACAUACUACUACAAAGUCAUGCCUUUUAGGCAGAAGAAUGCCGGAGCAACCUACCAAAAGCUUAUGAACAAAAUUUUCAAACAGCAGAUCGACAAAACUAUGGAAGUCUAUGUCGACGACAUGCUAGUCAAAGCUCCUCAGCUAGCAAAUCACAUUAAGAACCUUGCUAAAGCCUUCGGCUUGCUCCGAGAAUAG